AUGUCUAUAGCAGCAUUCCUCUACGCUUUUCAACAAAAUCUUUUCAAAUAUGGUGGCCCCAUACUUAUAGCAAUUGGUACUAUCAGUUGUUGCUUGAACCUCUUGGUAUUCGCACGGAGCACACUACGCAAAAAUCCAUGUACAAUUUGUUUGAUCGCAGUUAACAUUGUUAAUCUUGCUACUUUCUAUACGACUCCUCUCUCGCUGGUACUCUCAUCAGGUUACAAGAUCGAUCCUAGUGCAAAUAGCAUUGAGCUUUGCCGGUUCCGAUUCUAUAUAGGUUUCGUACUAACAUGUUGGGAAUCAUCAUGCCUUAUCUUGGCCUCCAUCGAUCGAACGCUCGUCACCUCACCGAAUGCCAACACAAGAAAACACAGUACACGCCGACUAGCUAUCACAAGUAUCAUUUGUAUAUGCUUAUUUUGGGCGAUGUUUCAUAUUCAUACAUUGAUUCAUGUUCAAAUAAUUCCAUAUGGACCUAAUUUUUUUGUUUGUUACUAUGAACCAGGUGCAUACACUACGUUUAUCACAUACUAUUCACUUCUAUUUAAUGGCGUUAUUCCACCUCUGCUCAUGUUUAUUUUUGGAUGUUGGACAGUACAGAAUAUUCGUAAAGUCCGUCACGCAACACGACAAUCGGGCUCGACACAUUCCGUUGUUGUUGUGAUUGGAAGACCACAAAUCUUUCAAUCGAAAGAUCAACAACUGAUUCGAAUGUUGCUUGUGGAAAUCGUUGCUUACAUUCUGUGUAAAAGCCCAGUUGCGCUCUUUUACAUUUAUCAAGAAGCUACACGAUACAAUGGGAAAAACAUGGAACAACAACUGAUUGAACAAUAUAUAUCGUCGUUAACAUAUUUCGUAUAUUUUAUUGAGAACGCUGUUAGUUGUUAUACAAACGUUCUAGUAUCGAAAACCUUUCGUGCAGAGCUUAAACGAAUGUUGUUAAAUGCUCGUCAGUUGAGUUGUCGUUCAUGA